CGCACAGUCGAGUAAUAAAAUAACGCAUUAAACAACAUUUAAAACAGACAAACAUAAAGGCUAGAGAUUAACUAAACAAACUCGUCAUAAUGUGCAAUUGACAACUUAGUGAUUAAAAGAUAGUUUCGUAAUAUUUUUUAUAACGAUGGAAUUAUAAGGUCUUACAAGAGCGACAAGUAGCUGUCAAAUGUUACAUUUGACGCAUUAUACUAAAACUCCUAAUCCUAAUCUACUACAAUAUUGAACCAAAGAUCUAAUCUCAGAUCGAUUAUAAAGUAAAGAUCCAUGCAAUGUAUUGCUUGUUCUACCUCUCCGGUCAGAUAGAUUAUCCAGAUCCCCAUGGUUCAUUAAACAAUGACCGGGUCUUUGGUGUUAUCACAUAAUCCUGUUUAGUAAAACCGCUUGAGUGUAUAAUUUCCACAACUUUCUAUAUGCAUGUUAGUGUUUUUUUUUGCGAUUUUGUUUGAUGCCAAGAGGUGAAUGCUAAUGUGAACAUGUUUGGGAUAAAAUCAACAUCAAAUAAACAGUAACAGUGGUUUCAAUACAAUACUGUUAUUUAUUAUAGAAUGAUUAAUAGAACGGUUAAAGGAGUUCUAGAUUUUUCCUAACAAAAAAUGUUAAAACAACAUAAAACAAGUAUAUAGACAGUUUUGUUGGAUACUUUGCUUGAAAACUGUAUUUAAAAAAAAAAACAUUGUGAAAACAAUGAGGUGCCGAUAACAAUACCAAGAUGAUGAAAAGGAAAGAACUAACUAAAAGUGCUCCUGCUAGGAGAACUAGCAAAGCUGGGAUGGAGAAGAAAAAUACGACGAUGAAAGAGAUAACAGGGUGGAUCUCAAACGGCGAAAGUGAAGGCGACCAGCCCGUGAGGCGGAGCGGGGGUAGGAAUGUGAGCCAGCUUACUGAGAACGUGACAGAGGAGAGAAUGUUGUACUCGAGGCAGCUGGAGCUUGGACGCGAGAGAUACAAGUUCCUGUCCUUACAUGAGUAUGAGAAACAGAAGUUUGUUGAAAGACAGUCACAGAAGGACAAGAGGAUGAAACGGUACAUGGAGUCGGCUAGAAGAGUGAUUGAUAAGUCAUGUACGUCUGUGAAAGCGAAGUCGAUUACAGUCCAUGUACCGCAGGUGGAAUAUUACGAACAAACUAGUACGCCAAAUGAUGAGGACAAUACACCACGCAUGGCGUCACCUUCUCUAAGCAGAUUUAGUGCACACUCUAGCAAGUCAAAAACAACUAACACUGAUUUAAAGAAUAAACGGUCAACAAAAAAUAAAGCACACACUGCCAGUGGUAGUGCUAUGUUUCAUAACAAAGGUAUUGACACUAAAAUAGGUAAGCCUCGUGUUGCUUUUGAUGCUUCCGCUGAAGAACCUCUCAGUAAAGGAGUGGAUAAAGUUGGAGGAAAUAAAAAACAGAGUCGCUUGAUGCCAAGUAAAAGUAUGAGAGAACCCUCUACGAACCGAAGGUUUAAUACUUCUGCUGGUGGAAUUUAUGUUAAUACCAGUGAAGAAAAACCCUUUGACAUUGACCAUGAAAUCGAGAGGGAAAGGAACCGUUUGCCACUGGUAGGGGAGUCCAGUGUUUUCGACGACAGACGCUCAAAGGGUAUUCUCAUGCGUUCCCAGUCAACUAGUCCGGCUAAAUGCUCUCUCAUGUACUUAAACACAGUACAAACACAAACGACAGCGCCGGCACCAAAUGUGGUGUAUAAGUCAUUGGCCCCGAAAUUGAAUGAAAAACGACCCCCUCCGUACGGAGAACGGUUCGGUACAGCCAUAACGGACCCGCGAUAUGUCGCUCUGCAAAACACACUGCAAACGUGUACGAAGGACAGCGCAGCUCGAUCUAAGGUCUCGGUGAAAGACAUUAUUGCUAAAAAUGAAGUGCUAAAGAUUCGAUCAAAAUGUGAAUACGCAGCGCAUGCAAAACAGAUGCACGCAAAGUUUAUAGCUCUUUUAUUGCAGAACGAGUUUGCAUCAGCCUGACUGAUUGUAUACAUAGCAUCUGUUAUAUUACACGUUUUAUUCCGCGGGUUCAGGGGAAUUGCCUUUGGCGAGCUUACUAGCAUAUUUUCUGGAUUUGUUUGAAUUAAAUUGUGUAUUAAACGAUGAGAAUCAGA